AUGACUUUGUCUCACGACACAACGGGAGCCUCCCAUAGCCCCGAGGAAAUGCCAAAGAGACCUAAGGGUAUCUUGAAAAACUCUACUUCCUUUAUUCACCAACAACAGCAGCCGUCUUCUCCAGAAAAAGUCGACAUCUCGUCACCUUCCCUGCCUGCUGACCCAGCCGAAAACAAAGAGAUCACUCUCCAGAACACACUGCAAAAUGCCGGUCGUCGCUCGUCGAGCGCAGCACGUCGCACUUCAGCGGGGAGACGCCUAUCGGGGACUCCUUCGGCAUUCGGUAACCGGGACGAAGAAGAUCGAUCUUCUCAUCUGAAAUGGGACGAGGCCAAUUUGUACCUUGCCGAGCAGGAGAAGACAUCCAAAAUGAAAAUCGACGAACCAAAGACCCCCUGGGCUCCGAGUUACGACCCCUCACACGACGAAAUGGAACUUGAAGCACAGAAUCACACGCUCGAUGCGCAUGACCUAGUCGUCGACGAACUGGAUCAGGCUCGACAAAAGAAAGCCUCUGGCACGGGAUCAGUGCAUGACAACGAUAUCCCUGACUUUGAAUUGGGCGAGCCCGAGGAAGAUAUUCAUACUCAGCAGCAGCAUUUGGCCGGGAGCGGAAGCCGAAUUACUCGCGAACGCAGCCUUAGUCAGACUUCAAACCGUAGUGACAAGCAUGUUGAUGUUAUUGUCGAUGAUGAGGAGCAAGGCGCUGGUGGUCACGGUGAAGAGUUGAUGACAAGCGAAGAAGCGAGGGAGAAACAUCGCAAAUUCGAGGAGCGGCGGAAGCAGCAUUAUGAGAUGAAGAAUAUCAAGGAUUUAUUAGCCCACCCCGAGGAACUCGACGAAAUGGAUGAGGACGACAACGAGAGUAGCGAGCCGCCAGAAGUGCCGGCAAUCCCCAAACACCUGGCCUGA